UUAGGGAGAAGUGGUUGGAGGUGACGUGAAUCACACAUGGGGGGGGGGCACUGAGUGCAAUACAGAGGCACUGAGCUGUGAAACAUAGCAGCUCUCCAUCUCGCUGUAAGGAUACCGGACUGGUCUGUGUUGCUAUAAUGGCAAAUACUACAAUCACCGUGCAGCCAGGGGUGGCUAUUCCAUCUCAUGCCAAGAUUAACACAUGGCACAGUGGCUUAUGUGACUGCUGCGAGGACAUGAGCGUCUGUUGUUUUGGGUUCUGGUGCCCCUGGUGUUUGAUGUGUACUACAUCCCAAGAGUUUGGAGAAUGUCUUUGUCUCCCUCUGCUGGAUUUGUGCUGCGGGACCAUCAUCCCACCUGCUACUUACGCUGUACGCAGUGCCAUGAGAGAGAGAUACCGCAUCCAGGGCACAAUGUGUGAUGACUGUUGCGUGGUGACCUGCUGUGGACUCUGCGCAUGGUGCCAGAUGGCAAGAGAGCUGAAGUUUCGCAGGCAGCCCCAAGUGUUUGUGAACCCACCGGUGAACGUGACCUACCAAACGCCGGCGGUGGUGAGUCAAUCCUACCAGCCACCUCCGAUGAAUCCAGCCUACCAGCCAAUGCAGCCCAAUAACCCUCCUAUGUAUGCCCAGCCUUCCAAGUCAUCUGACCCUCAGGGCAGUGGACUGUAUCCAGCUGUAUAAGUUACAAAUGUUCAAUAGAAUCCUAUAAUGGUAAAGUCUAUUUUCUGUAAAAAAAAAAAUAAAAAUCUCUUUGUAUUGUUAUCGCUUUAAAAUUGCACUUUACUAUGUAUAUUUAAAGGAAUCAAUAUAUUCAAUGUUCGACAUCUAGUUUCAUAUAUUCUUGUUU